CAAAACUAGUAAGAGCUUUAACUUCUUCCGAGAUUUGCAAGACUGGUGGAGUUUCUUGCAUUCCAGUUUUCCCAUACAAUUCAUUCCUGUCUUCCAUUCAUCCCCUUCCUCUUCACUUCUCUCUAGGUUUUCCCCCAUCGUCUCUUUCUUUUGUUGCAUUUAGACAUGCAUAUGGGCAUGUUGUUUUGUUGAUUUUGAAUAUCAUAGUUAUCGGAUUUCGCUUUGUAAUUCUUUCAAAUCAUCUUCGCGAUUGAUUGAUUUGUAGUAAAGACUCAUUUGCUCAUCUGGUUGUUGAUUAGAGAGUUUUACGUUAAAGCUGAAGAUUCAGGGGGAUUGGGGAGAAAGAUCGAGAAGCUUUUUUUGUUUCCAGAGACGGCUUUUGCGCAGGGGAGACGAUGACGUCGACUGUACCCGCUAAGUCUCAGCCGCUUCACAACUUUGCCUUGCCGCACUUGAAAUGGAAGAAGAAUCACCACUCGAACAACCACCACCGCGGCCGCUCCGCCAAACACUCGGAAUUCCCGUGCCGGUUUGCUUCUCCACUACGACAGUAUCAGUCGCCACUACUUCAGAACUUUCAGUCUCCUAAUGGUGAAUCUAUGGCUUCAACACUGAUGCGCCAGUCGCCGAUGCAAGAGCCAGAUCGCCGGUCACCGAUGCGCGGCGGCGAUCGGACUCCAGGAAAGUUGGAGAAGAAGCAGCAUAAGGGUUCGGAGAUGGAUGUCCCUGGACAGAAAGAAGGAAAAUCAAAAUUAGUGCUGAAACUGCCCCGGAAAAGCAAGAGUGAUGAGAUUGAGGACGUGACGAAGGGCGAUGAGGGUCAAGAGGUGGGGAAAUUGGCUGUAGAUCAGGAUGAAGGGUCGCAAAAGAUUUGGAAUUUGAGGCCGAGGAAGCCGAUACACAAGUCACUGAAUUUGAACGGAGUCCAAUUCAAAGCUGGGGGACCGUCCGCUAUGACAGUGGUCGCAACUCAAUCUCCUUCUUCAAUCAGGCCUGAUGCCGAGUUGAACAGCCCUGAGAAGAAGAAAGAGAAGAAGCGGAGGUUUUCAAUCGCGCUCUCCAAAGAGGAGAUAGAAGAGGAUAUCUUUGCCCUGACCGGAAUGAAACCGGCAAAGCGGCCCAAGAAGAGAACUAAAUCUGUUCAGAAACAGCUUGACACUCUUUUUCCUGGUUUGUGGUUGGCUUCAAUCACUCCUGAUUCAUAUAAAGUCUCUGAAAAUCCUCCAAAGGGGUAGGAAAAGGAGAUUGUCAGCAAAGGUUUUGAUUCGAAUGUUCUUCGGAGUUUACAAGACCUGACAAAUUUUGGUGAUCUCGUAUGCUGGCUUACUCAAACUCUUAUUACAUGUAAAGAUAAAGAAGAGGGAAAAAAUUCAUCAUAAGAGAAGAAAAAUAACAUCAUUUCUUUGAUUUUGUUGAUGGAAAGUUGCCGUUGUACAUAGAGAUUUUUUAUCUAUUAAAUGAAGAUUCAUCUUUCAAAAUUUUAA